AUGGUAUGCGAAUCUAAGGCUCUAACAAACCGGGACGACUAUACGAGCACAAGUCCUGCAUUGAGCCUCAAAAAGGAGGGAUCCGUAUCAGACGACGGCACUGCGGCUCCCCAUCUACCCCCGGCACCUCCACCUGUAGAGGAGGAUCCAGAACUUAUCAAGCAGCCCGAAACCCGGCCUAUCUCCCAAGAGCAACUGGUUGCCGAGGUCAAGGGAAUCUACACGGGGCUUGUGAUGGUCGAGAACAAGUGUAUCGAAGUGGACAAUGACCGCAGUUCGCAAAACGACGCCAGUAACAAACUCAACAACGAUCAAUGGCAGGCUUUGAUUGCUCUCCAUCGUACUCUGCUCCACGAACAUUAUAACUUCUUUCUUGCUUCCCAGCACCCCUCGGCAAGUCCGGCACUAAGGAGAUUGGCUGCUAAAUACGCUAUGCCUGCCUGGAUGUGGCGGCAGACUCUACCAUCAUCUCGCAAUCCUCGCUCGUCCUUCCGCACUCCAGCAGCUUUACUACUAUACGAAGCUAGACUCCCGCCCACCGAACUGCAUUUCGUAAGGGCAUAUGGGAUCUUGUUCAAUAGGAAGCAGCACGAAGAGCUAGAGCCUACAAUCGACGAAUUCCUCAAGCUACUAGAUAACUACAUCAAUCGUUCAACGCGCCGGUGGCGCGAGUCAGGCUAUCAUAUGGGUAUAUCCAACAUAUAUGCGAUUUUGGGGUACGGCGAUGCGAAUAGCCCUAUUACCUGCGCCCUCAAGAUCACUCGCUCAAGCGGCACCGAAUCUCAGGACCAGCCCAUGCAAGAAACCAGCUCCGAGAUCACCUCUAGCAUCAACACUAUUGCAGACGACGGGUACUUCUACAACGCCCGCAAACUUUUCACCGGCACCUAUGAUAUCGUUUGUCGCCGCUUCGGUGACCCCAACAUCUUGCCUUUUCUGCACGUCACUCUCGUCUUCGUUCACCAUCUUACGUUCUACCCGGAGGCUAUAGACCACCUGGCCCCGUACUUCUCCUGGAAGCUGACGGCAUAUAUGCUCAACACGCUGAUUGGAUCGUCUUCGUCCCCAUCUGCAGACGAAUCGCAGGCUUUGGCUGGCCUCUUGGGCGGUGGCGAACAGUUUCCGGGCUGGAAAGGGGAUAAAGACGAGGAGAAUAAGGUCAAGAGGGAUGAAAAGGAAGGGGGACCUCCGGCAAGGGGCCCGAGGCGGCGGCCGCUGCCUGACGACUUCGCGCUGCGAGGGUUCUCUUGGGUCGAGCACUAUUUCCCGGACGGUUGGUUCGUCGCGGACGAGAGAAUCGACGAUAACGACAAGUAUUUCGAAGUACCAAGUAUGAUGGAGGAGAGGAGAGAGAGGGUGGUUUGGCUGGGCUGUCGUAUUGCGGAGAGGGAGGACGGAAAAUGGUUGCGGUUUGAUAAGGAGACCCGACGCUUCGCGGUUAACGCGGUAUUUGACGUGCAGCUGGAUCUGGAGAUGCCAUUGCCAUCUAUUCCGGGGGAGAGUGUUGACUAUGGGGAACUGCCUGAUGUAGAAACUGUUGCUUGA